UAGAAACUUGAAGAAAGGAAUUAAGGAGUGAAUAUUGAAGAUGAAGAAGGCUUGUGUGUUUGUAGCUUUAUUGCUUGUCUUGUUUCUAAGUGUUUUUGGUGUUCAAUCACAAUUGAGCACUGACUUCUACUCUUCAAGUUGUCCAAACGUUCUCAAAGUUGUGAGACGUGAAGUCUUCAAAGCUCUCCAGACUGAGAUGAGAAUGGGUGCCUCUUUGCUUCGCCUUCACUUCCAUGACUGUUUUGUCAACGGUUGUGAUGGAUCAAUUUUGCUAGAUGGAAGUGACAGUGAAAAGCUCGCCGCACCUAAUUUGAACUCUGCAAGAGGCUUCGAUGUUGUCGACACGAUAAAAACCGCCGUCGAGAAUGAAUGCAAUGGAACAGUGUCUUGUGCUGACAUACUUGCCAUAGCUGCAAGAGAUUCUGUUGUUUUGAGUGGUGGCAAUAGUUGGAAAGUAUUAUUAGGGCGAAGAGAUGGUUUGAUAGCAAAUCAGUCGGGUGCUAACUCCGGCCUCCCUUCUCCCUUUGAUUCUAUCAACACAAUCAUCACAAAAUUCAAUAACGUCGGUCUUAAUGUAACUGAUGUUGUCUCCCUUUCAGGCGGUCACACAAUUGGUAGAGCCCGGUGCGUGUUGUUCAGCAACCGUCUAUUCAACUUCUCUGGCACUGGAGCUCCUGAUUCAACCAUGGACACUGACAUGGUGGCCGACUUACAAAAGCUAUGUCCGCAAAAUGGUGAUGGCAAUGUCACGACGGCAUUAGAUCGGAACUCGACUGAUGUUUUCGACAACCAUUACUUCAAGAACUUGUUGAACAACAAAGGUUUGCUUUCAUCUGAUCAAGGUUUGUUUUCAAGUGCUGAUGGUGUUGCUGCCACAAAGAGUUUAGUGGAGAGUUACAGUAGUGAUAGUAGUCUUUUCAUGACUGACUUUGUUAACUCAAUGAUCAAAAUGGGGAAUAUAAGCCCUCUGACUGGUUCAAAUGAAGAGAUACGCAAGAAUUGCAGGGUUGUUAAUUAAUUUAUUCCAGACUUGGUCUUUGGAUUAAUUAUUAUCAACAGCAGUAUGAUUUGUAUGCCUUAAUUUCGCACUAUGAUAUAAUGUGCUUGUGAAGCUCAAAGUGAUGAUGUCCUAGUUGAGUUUCUCAUGUUGAUGAAUAAU